GCAGAAGCCAUGAUAAGCCAGUCUUUGUUCAGUAGUGAGUGGUUCAAAAUGCCUUCAAUUGAAUUCUUCAAAAGUAAUAUACUACCUCAGGCAAUUGCUUCUGGAAGUUUUGGAAAGAACGCUGAAUUAGUGCAGAUUCUGGAAGAUUCAACUGAAGCACAGGAUCAGUUUGCAUCGUCUGUUCUCUUCGCGGAGAUAGAAGUAAGGGUCGGUGCGAGCAAACAGAGGUUUUCGUUAGUUUGCAAAUUCCAGUGUGAAAAUGCCCAGAGGAGAGAGAGGUUCAGAACUGAUUUCCAGUUCUGGAACGAAGUUUUAGUGUAUCAAGAUAUAGUGCCCAUGUUUCCGAUCAAUGUGUUGGACAUCCUGCCACAGUUUUAUUUCGGAGUGUCGACUCUCAUGGAGGCGCCAGAAAACGAUGUGGUAAUUCUAGAAAAUCUUAUCCCGAGUGGUUACAGACUGACAAAAGAGAGGGUAUUUCUGGAUUACGAUCACUGCGCGUUGGUUUUUAGAAAACUUGCUGAAUUCCACGCAGCUAGUCUUCUUGUGAAAUCAAAAUACCAGUUGAAGUUCGCUAACAAAAUCAAUGAACUGAAGGAAACGAGAUGGUACAUAAGAGCCAAAGAGAUAAACAACCGUUACUAUGGAGAAAAUGCGAAAAGAGGAAUUAUUCCCCUCGUGAAAAGUGGUAAACAUCCAGUAAUUUUGAAUCACUUCAUGGAGAAAUUAUCCGAUGUGUUUGGCAUAAUGAAUGAUAUCUUUCAAGUGAACGAAAUGAGUGUUUUGUGCCAUGGCGAUUUCUGCAGGAACAACAUGGUUUUCAAAUAUGAGGAAGAUCACCCGGUGGAUGUCAAAUUCUUUGAUUUAGCGACCGCUCGCUACAGCUCACCCAUCGUAGACAUCUCCUUCUUCCUUUUCCUGAACAUGAGCUUGGAGGUGCGAAGGAAACACUUCAAGGAUGAACUAUUCAAGGUCUACGCCGAUACACUUCAACAGGUCGCUGGAACUCUUGCACCUUCUCUCCAGGAUCUCUGGAAGGAAUUCCAGCAGAAGGCCAUCUACGGAUACAUCUUGGCUUCGUUCUUCCUGCCCAUAAUGCUGGAUGACACCCCUAUCAAUCUUGACGCUCAGGUGGACGAGUCUGAGGAGGAAAAGAUCGAGAGAAGUGUGACCAGAGGUGGAGAAAAAGUUACGAAGGUUCUCUCCGAAAUUGUGACAGAUCUAGUUAACUGGGGCUGUCUAGCAUUUGAUACUCAGGAAUGCCAGAAGUAAAGUGAAAGUGAGUUUAGUGUUCAUUCACACAUUUUUUUAAAUAUUUUCAACCAAACAAACAGCUAGCUGGUUUUACUAUUUUAAUCCAAGUCAUUCAGUUAUCUUAUUUAAAAUGUUCACUAAAUAUUUAACCUAUGAAUACGCAAUAAUUAUUCUAAUCAAUUGGUUUUAUUAUUCCUCUUGUUGUAAAUAUUUAAAAAUAUAUAUGAAUGUAAAAAUAAUUUAUAGUAUAUAUUUAAGCUCAUAAAUUAUUAAAAUGCAAAUAAAUGUAUAAAGAAAUAAA